AGGGAAAACGGACCGGGCCGAACCCAUGAGCCUGCGAGCCCAUGGGCCGCCUGCGGCGCACCGAAUCUCCGGAAGGUCAAUGUCACUGCGGGCUUCCACCUGAAGGACUUGCAGCGAAGCUGGAGUCUUGGAAGAAUGACCCUGACCUUUGCGUCAUUUGGGCCGCCUUUUGUCCUUCCUCGCCUUUGACUUUGGCUGACGGCAUUUCACUGGCAAAAACUCGAAGGUCAACGAAUGAAGUGCUGCAGCUGCUUACCGGCAGAGGCGGAACUGCUUGUGGCACCUGCAUGUGCCUCCGUGGAGCGCACCAGGAGGCAGACACAUCACCCAGAUCACCAGAUGAGGGCGCGCCAAUACCGGCUGCAACUCUGGCACAGGUGCCCACAGAUUUGUGGGUUCAAGAAGCUUGGGCCGACACGGUCUUGAUGCCAUGGAACUCCAGCGGCUUCAAAGUUGUUGGGCGUUUGGCGAAAUCGAUUCAUGGCGAGGUUCAUUUUGUGAAAGAUGACACAGGAACUGCCUAUGUUGCAAAGGUAGCGCCGAAGGACGAUGUGAACCUCACAAAGGACGGAGAGGAAUCGACGUGGUUCAGCCCAGAAAGUCAUGUUCACUUCGAAGACCUCCGAACUGAGAUUGCGGUCUUGAGCUUUCUGAGCAAAUUGAAGUGCUCAGAGAACCACAUCGUUGAGAUGUUUGGAUCCUUUGAGGAUGUAGCAUCCCUUUACCUCAUCACAGCCUAUUGUGAAGAAGGUGACCUUUUCGAGAGGGUGGCCUAUGGCGACCCUUUGGGCGAAGCGGAGAAGAAGCGCUAUGUCGGCGAUAUCCUGCGAGGAGUUGCCCAUUUGCAUCGACACAACAUUGGUCAUCGGGAUCUCUCACUGGAGAAUGUGUUGCUCCAGAAAGGGAAUUGUGUGCUGAUCGACUUUCGACAGGCUGUGAUGCUGAAGUCAAGUGAUGGAGUGGUGAAGAGGUAUUUUGUUGAGGCCGGAAAAAGGAUGUAUCGUUCCCCUGAGAUGUACGUGCCCCGGUGCAGCAAAAUUCAGGUGGUUUGUCCCUCAGAUGCUGUAGCCAACACGGUCUCCAUGGUGUCCCACGAGAAGAUGCGCUGCGAAGUUUUCCUACCUUCUGAUGCUGUGCCUGGGAAGGCUUGCACUGCCACACCUUUUGGUUAUGCUGCAGCACCUGCAGAUGUUUUCGCUUGCGGCAUAUGUGCAUUUGUUCUGUCAGUGGGCAAGCCUCCCUGGUCCGUGGCGAUGGACACGGACCCUUCGUUCUCUUUUUCUCGCCGACAUGGCGUGGCCAGCUUGCUUCAGCAAUGGCGAGGAGCCUCCAGAGGUCCUGCGAGCUCACCAAGUGACGAGGAACUACUUCUAACUCAGAUGCUCCGAGAGAAUCCCACGCGACGAAGCACACCCGAGGAGGCAGCCUGAACUGGGUAAAAAACCAUAGUGUGCCACAUAAUGUACCAUGUGUUUUGUUGAUGCUAAGCUUGAUACCUUGGAGUGGUGCGCUUGAAUAUCUUUGAAGUGGAGCCUGUUUGAAGUCAAGAACAGUUGACUGAUGUGGCCUUGACUUUUUGGACGGAUACAUGAUACAAUGUAGCUUACUGGCCUGUUCCGCUUCUACCCGAGCCUCUUGCCAGUGCCUACGAAGCAGUUGGCUUGAAACCCGGAAUCGUGCUCGGACUGUUUAAGAGCAUCUGAAGAGUGAGAUAGACGCCUUAGAUGUGCCCUCUCAGACUUAGAGAUCCAAU